UGGUGGAUGCAGUCAGGUCUCUGGAUCUCUCCCUUGCUGUCUACAGCUGCAGUCUAUAAUGCACUGGUCUGGGUUUCUUUGCAGGAGAAUUACGCUGAAAAUGAUUUCCAAAUAGAGUUUAAUCCAUCUGCAGUGUUGGCCUUUGUUCCCGCAAGAAGCUGCCAUUCACAGCUUAGUGGUGACCAUGGAACGUUCUCUCCACCAGUAUUCUAUGGGAAUAUUGAUGUACAUCUGUGGUGUAACUGGACUGUUCUGGCUGCUCCCGGAAAGCAUAUUGUCAUCUACAUCACUGGCUUCAGAACAAAUGAAAGCUGCCGUGAUAACCUAGAUGAAAUAAUAUUUGAAGGCAUAUCAUCUUCUGUAGAAACCUCCAUUGUGUAUGCCUGUUGGAAUAAGCAUACCCAUGUGUUUGCCACUGAGGCCUCAGCAGUCAAUGUUGUGCUACUUUGGCGCAGUUUUUCAAAUAUCAGCUCUAAAAGAUAUUUUGAGGGAAGAUACUACAUCUUUGAUGAUCCUGUCCUUGGACCAAGUUCCGAGUCUGGGAAUUGUUCAUUAACCAAUAGGCAAAAUAUAUCAACCAGCGAAGUUAUUCAAGGUUCAUACCCUGACAAGAGGCUGAAAAAUGAGUCCCAUCUGUAUUCUGUAUUUCCAGAAUCUUCAUCUAGCAAAAGGUUUAAAAGCAGCAUACAUCAUUAUUCUCAGGGACCACCUACUGUGGUGGAAACCUACAGCCCAACCUACACUAUAAACCACCUCCCAACUACAACCACCGCUGAAGAUGACCUGUUACCAGUUACACAGACUUUAGUGCAAAACCUUUCAACAAUUGAUAAUAAAUUUAAGCCCCAGUUGCCAGUCUUGACACAGUCCAUGGACCUUAGUGUAUAUAAAGGUCACACAGUUCAGCCAACAGCAGAAGACCUGGAACCAAGUCAGGUUGCAAAAUUGGAAACUGAUGGAAAAAUGUCUCACUCUGAAUUUGUCUCUGAGACACCAAAUUUAAUCUCAACCCAUUCCACUGAGCUUCUUAAGGUAGACCAACAUUCUGCAGUUCUUGCCCACAGUCUGGUCACAUCUAUUGCCGAGUUGAAGUAUGUCAGUACAAUUCAUGUUGUUCAAAUGUCUCCAUACUCCAGUCCUACUAGAUUACAGGAAACCCCACAGGUUAACACAACUCACACUGUUGUGUUCCACGAAACCUUAUAUGUAGGAAAAUCAAAUGUUUUUGAGAACCAACAUCUCAGUAAAGAAGACUUUGAGCCCCCUGGAGAUUUUCAAUUCAUUACCACCCUAGCUCCCGAUGCUCCAGAAUCUUCACUGGUUCACAUAUUCCAUACAGAUUUUCCUGAGCCUUCACUUUCAAGUGACUUAACACAUUCCAGUAAAAUACAUACCACCAAGACAUCACAUCUAAUCAUGGACCAAACUAGUGAGCACAUCAGUAUGCCAAGUUUCAACGUAACCCAGGCUUUCUCUAAGACCCUAAAUGUCAGUGUGAUCAGUUCUAUUGAGUUCCAGGAGACUGUAUCUUUAAGAUUAACCGAAUAUUUUGAGCCUACAGUUUUAAAUGUCAGUACAGUCCAACUUGUUGAUCUCGUGGAGGUGAAGCCUCUUUAUGUAACCGACAUUACAACGCUUUCAGAAGUGCCCAAAUCUGUUACCAAUAAAAUGGUCCAUACUGUAGUAGGACAGUCUGUGGGUCUAAAUACUACAAAGAGUGCACACCUACUAAUGUUGUCUAUUAGGAUAGAAUCUAAUCCUAAAGAACCAGUUUCAGAAUAUACAUGGCAGGUAGCAUCUAGUCAUCCUACACUACAUCCAGACUCUUUGAAUAAAUCACAGCUUCAGUCAACCUCAUUCACAGAAGGGCAUACCUCAGUAUUACAUGGUCAAUUUUUUCCUCUACAAGUUUCUGAGCAACCCUUUCUACCAAACUAUGAAAGCGCUCUUCAGCCACCCAUUACUACAACUAAGACAUUAAAUAAUGUUAUAGCUGGAAAAACUGAAAUGGCUGAUCCUGAACAACUAGAAUCAUACACAUCAUUGAUUCCUACUUCUAGCACUGCAUCACCUAUCUCAUCUCCUAAAAUCCUAACUUCUGUUUUGGACUUUCAGAUAGUACACCCAACAUAUUGGAUCACUGUAGAACAACCACAAGAUCCAGUAACUCCAAAAAGCACUGUAGUAAUUCCUGAUCAACAACUAAUGCUUGAAAGUACUUUGGCUUCUCACCCAAUCCCUGAAGUUCCAACUGAAUUUAUAUAUUCUAGGAGCACGCCUCCAAAUACUGAAAAGAUGGACAAGAUGGCGCCUAACCUACAAAAGCUUUGGACUGGUGGGCAGUAA